UUUUGUUAGUUUCUUGUUUCUUCCCCUUAUUUCUCCUCGCUCAGUCCUCCUCCAGUCUGCUCUCUCUCGCACUCCCCACACCCACGACUCCACGAGCUUGCCUCUCCUCUCUCCGUUUGGCGUCGCCUCGGCUUUUCCUCUGUCUUCAUCAACCACACCCAGUAGAGGAGCUCCGCCGCGGCGGCGCCGGCCCCGAGGGCGGGCUACGGUGGCGCGCAGCGGCAGAUUGGGGGCGGCGGCAACAAGAACAGGGGCAGCAGCAACGGGAAUAGGAGGGUGGUCGACGACGAUGACGAUUCGGACGUCGAGAUGCUGAGCAUCUCGAGCGGGGACGAGGAUUCUGCUAAGGAUCGCGCGGGUUCGAGGGCUAGAGGUGGCGCGAGUGGUGGUUCGAGGCCCGGGAGGGACGACGACAGAGCGUGGGAUGGCGAAGAACCUGAUUGCUGGAGGCGCGUGGACGAAGACGAGGUGAGUUCGAGAUGGUAAACCUGAGGAGAAAGGGAGAAGUUUCAGAGCAUGACAAGAAUGAGGGAUGGAGGAGGGUCUUCCAUGUCCGCUUCGGUUCCAGGAGAGUAGCGAGAACAAGAAAGAUGGUGUUGGUUUUGGCAUUGGGGGAUCUGCACAUACCGCACAAGGCGCCUGAUCUGCCCGCCAAGUUCAAGUCCAUGCUCGUCCCUGGCAAGAUCCAGCACAUCAUCUGCAGCGGCAAUUUAUGCAUCGAAGUGGGUCCCUUUAUCCUUCUCUUGUUGUUGUUGUUGUUGAUUGAAUUCCCCGACUCAUUUGCGAUCGUGAUCUUGUUUGGAUUUCUUUUAGCAAUUUCGCGUUGCUCGGUAGAUGUUGUCUUUGUUUUCUUUUUCGUUUUUGGCUGCAGCUCCCAUGAGGUGAUGUAGCGAUGGUAUUUUUUGAUUCAUUUUUGUUUUCGUUUGAUGUCAUUUUAGUCUAUGCCAU